AUGACAAUCUCAAGCUUGUUGUUGAAAUUGGGUAUUUAUACCUCAGCUCUGGUUGGUUUCUUUACCAUGCUACCUUUAAAGAACAACGUCACUUUCACCGAAUACAGUGUCACACCACAAAGACCUUUGACAGGACCGUUAGCAUUAAAUGAAAAGUUAUCGGGCAUAUCAAAACUUUUUGAAGAUCAAAUUGUAGGACCCGAAGGCCUGUUGUAUCAUAAUAAUACUUUAUAUACAACAUUGCAUUAUGGCCAUGUUGUUAAAAUUGUUGAUAAUGAAAUAAUUCCUGUUGUAAAAUUUGGAAAAGUCUGUGAUGGAUUAUACGAUGAACAUAUUUGUGGACGUCCACUUGGCUUAAGUAUGGAUAAAACAGGAUUUUUAUAUGUAGCUGAUGCGUAUUAUGGUAUUUUUAAAGUGAAUUUAAAUCCAGAUCAGUAUGGCAAAAAAGAGCAAUUAGUUUCAUUGGAUGAUGUUAUUGAUGGUGUACGUCCUAAAUUACCAAAUUCUGUUGUAAUAGCUUCUGAUGGUACAGUUUACUGGACAGACUCUGAUACAAACUAUAAAUUACACGAUGGAGUUUAUACAUUAUUUAUCGAUGGAACUGGAAGAUUAUUGAAAUAUGAUCCAAAAACUAAAAGAAAUACAGUGUUAAUGAAAAAUAUUCAAUUUGCUAAUGGUGUGGAAUUAUCAGACGAUGAAUCAUUCCUAUUGGUGUCCGAAACUGGAAAAUAUCGUGUACACAAGUAUUAUUUGAAAGGACCCAAAACAGGGAAAAAUGAAGUAUUUAUUGAUGGUUUGCCAGGAAUGCCAGAUAAUAUUAAAAGAAACGGUAGAGGGUCGUUUUAUAUUCCAUUAGUCAUACCAAGAAUUCCAAUUUUUGAUAUGAUCGGCGAAUAUCCAACUAUUAGAAUGAUGAUUACCAAAUCUUUAGGAGUAAUUGAUUUUACAUUGCUAAAAAUCAAUUCAUUAUAUCCCAAUUUAUAUUGCAAAAAAGCCAUGCGUUGGAUUGGACAUUUUGAAUCAAUGUCAUUUAUCAAAUCAAUAUCCAAACAACGACUUUCUAUUUUGAAAGUUAAUGAAAACGGAAAAGUAUUAUCAAGUUAUCAUUCUACAGACGGAAAGGUAACUGGAAUAUGUGAUGUUGAAGUGGUUGAUGGUAAAUUAUAUCUGGGCUCACCAUUCAACAACUUUUUGGGAGUUAUUAAACUGCCACAAGGAUUUUUAUAA